UUCCCGCUACGCCAUUAUUAUUGUUGUUAGGGAAGCUUUCAGGACUUUUGUGAAAAAAACUGAAUAUUGAAAUGGCUGGAGCCAAAAUAUUUGUCGACAAAAAGCUUGCACAAGGGAAUGUUGUUGUGUUUUCAAAGUCAUUCUCUCCUGAGUGUAAGCUGAUAAAGAAAAUUCUGGCCGAAUACAAUCUAAAGAACCUGUUGUAUGUAGACAUUGAAAGUAGACAGGACUGUACACAGUUAGAAAAUUAUCUACAGAUUCUGUGUCAGACGGACGCCAGAUCGGUACCGCAGCUGUUUAUUGGUACAAAAUACAUAGGAGGCGAAAAGGAAUUGAUUUUGAUGCACGAGUCUGGAAAGCUUAAAAAAGUGUUUGAAGAAAACAAGUGAUGUUUUAUUAGAAUGUAGACGUUGAACAUGACUAUUUAUGAACUAUUGAAUGCAAACUUUCAAAGAAAGUUUUGAAUCUAUCCUUGUACAUUGUCUUAUUUGACAUGCAUAAAACAAAUAUAUUUGAAAUAUUAAUAAUGUGAAACACUUGAGAUGUCUAAUGUAAUUGUGCAUGAGAUACCUUUGCUUCUUAGUCAUAUAUAAAGAAAAUGUAAAUCCUUUGCUCUUUUAUUUAAGAUGUGUAGAAAAAGUAAAAUUAAGAUUCUGUGUAUUAAUUUAUUGCAUUAAAAGAGGGUGGACUUACCCAUUCGUGAGAGAGUUGUUAUAUAUAUUUUUCUUACAUAAAAUGUUGCAAAACUA